AUGGAGCCAAACAUCGAAGAAAAGAACCUAUACUUCUCUGGGCUUCCCAGCCGUUCGAGGCUAGUAGCACGCUCCAACUUCGACGUUACUUUUAAACCUGGGAAUGGUGGCAUCUUCUACCCCGUCGAGAAAUUUCUCUCACCGGCGUUACCCAACCAUCCCAUAGCGAGGCUAUGGGAUGGCCCUUUGCGAAAGGAUAUUAUCAAUGCGCUUGAUGGAAUCGACUGGAUAUCCAUCGACAUAGUUCGCCUGGGCUUGCAUGAGAAUCCAGAUCGCGGACUGCCAGAACCUGAGCAACCACACGUCCUUCUCAUCUCUGUGGCUAACACGACAUGGGGACAAGGUUUCCCAGCAGUCAUGUCAUGCCGUCGCAUCAUGGAGCAGUACGGGCUUGAUGACAUACACUGCGAGAUGAAGGAAAUGGUACUCGCUGACCUUUCCUGUGAGUUGGAAGGACCGGUGGCCGAACGCUCCGCCUCUGCGCCCAAUGAAGCGCCCAAUGAAGCACCCCCUUUGGCCCCCAGAUUGACCUCACAGUCAGAAGUCUUCCCUGAGCCUGAAUACUGCCCAGGCGCUCAUUACCGUACCAUGGCCAGUGAAUGUCUUGGGGCCUCGAUUGCCUUACUUGACAGUCCUACAUGGGAGGGUACUAAGGGUCUUUAUCUCAGACGUAAAGACGCUGGAGCAAUAUUGGCGCUGACUUGCCGACAUAUACUUUUUAAGAAAGGUUCCGAGCUGUCGAACGAGCUGUAUCAACAUAACCCAGAUACAACGCCGCGGCUAGUCAUACAACCGGGAUCAGGUACCCUGAAUGAUAUGCUCGAAUUUGCCGAAACAAUGUGUCGCUUUACAGAAAGGAGGCGGGCUACCGUGGAAGCCCGCGCCGAUUAUACAGAAGAGCGCCGAGAUAUUCUAUUAACUGAUUUGCAAAAUGAACUGGCUUUAAGAAGCCAAUGGAGAGACUAUGUUAAGAGUAUUGCUGCGCCAGAGUCUCGCAUCAUUGGACAUGUCCUUUUUUCCCCAAAGGUCAGCCCUGGGAAAUCUCCAUCGGGAGAGAGUCGACUAAGGGACUGGGCUUUGAUCGAGUUAUACCCCAAUAAACACCAAAUAACGCUCUCAGACUUGAAAAACUGCGUUACUCUGACACAAGAGAAGGGAUUUAUGAUGUGGAGUGUUGCCUACGACGUAACUCCAGGCUAUCCGUGCAUUCUGGGUCUCAUCGAGCCGCUUUAA